AUGCCAACCACAAUAAAACAGCAUACGAUCCCUGGUCAGACAUCUAAGCAGCUGCAGCAGAAGCGGAAAGAGAAAGAUCAAAGACGGAAGCAUUACGAUGAUCAACAAGUCCAAGGUACAAACAAUUCGUCAAUUGUAUCUAAACGUAGUGUUGAGAAAUUGUACUUCCCAAAGGUUCAGCCGGAGUUGGGGACUUGGUUUAGUCAUUUUGUACCAUCUCUGAAGAAGGACAGACGGUCGCCUGCUAUUAAUCGUGGGUACUGGAUACGUAUGGAGAGUAUACGUCGUACUGUUUAUAAGAUUAUUGAAAAAAGUUGGCGUGAGGGAGGAGAAUGCAGUGCUGCGAAGCAGAGGGUUGUUAAUGUUGUCAAUUUGGGGUGUGGGUUUGAUCCGUUGCCUUUUCAGAUGUUGAGUAUGAGAAAUGGGGAAGAUUGCGCUUGGGGAAAUGGUUGUGAUUUCAAUUUUUUCGAUAUUGAUUAUCCUGAUUUAGUUGAUGAGAAGCUUUCAUUGAUUAAAAAAUCAAAUGAGAUUGAGCAAUUGAUUGGAGAUGGAGUGCAGAAGGAUUCAAUGUAUAAAUUAAACACAAACAAUUAUAAAUUAAUUGGAUGUGAUUUGAAAAACUUGAGCCAGUAUCAACACAUUGUUGAUCAAUUAUUCUCAAAGAGUAAAGACUCAAAUGGCAAAGCAUUGACAAUAUUCAUUGCUGAAGUUUCAUUAGCGUAUAUGAAACCCGAAUUUGCCAACCCCGUGAUUGAGAUUUCCUCCAAAGUCGCCAACUCGAAUUUUAUAAUUUUGGAGCAAAUCAUGCCCGAUGGAGCAAACAAUGCAUUUGCAACAAAGAUGUUGUACCAUUUUGCCCAUUUGAGAAGUCCGAUCCAGUGUGUUGAGCUGUAUCCUACCAAACUGCAGCAAUUGCAACGAUUCAAACAAUACUACAACUUUGCUGAAGUGAGGAAUCUUUUUGAGAAUUGGAAAUGGCUAAUCGAUGGAAGUGAGAGCGACGAUGACAAUGAGGGUGUUGGGAUGAAGCAGAAAUUGAUGCAGGUGGAGGAGUUUGAUGAAUGGGAAGAGUUUAUCCUAUUUUGUCAGCAUUAUAUCGUGCUUCAUGCCACCAAUGAUGCAAAACAGUUGGUGUAUGAUGAUAAAUUGGUACCCGAUUUCCUGGUUGAUACUGGAAAUGAACAAAAGCAAAAAAAUGACGUUUUUGAAGUUGAUGAUGAGGUAAAGUUUAGCAUUGAUGAACGAUUUGAAACGAACCUUGAUCUUUUGCAAGUCAAAUUUCCUGCGUGUGACUCUUUGAAUGGUAAGGUUUAUGUGCAAGGCGGGUUGAAACAAACAAGAACUAAUGAGACUGUGGUUGUUGAUUAUGCAGCUGGGACAAUUGGGAGGCAGCAAAUAAAGGAUGAACAUAACCUUCCACAACCGCGAAUGUGUCACUCUUUAACCAAUGUGUGUGGUGACUUGAUCCUUGUCGGUGGAAGAACUAGACCAAAUGAUGUUAACAACGACGUUUACAAAUUUGAUGGUCGAGAUUCGACUAGAAUAGGUCAAGAUUGGACUAGAAUAGGUCAAGAUUCACCAAGGCAAAGGCACGCAGCAGUGGCUGUGCGCUGUGAUCAAGUACUACUAUUUGGUGGGCUAUUGGAACCGUCACAUACUACUGAUCUAUUUGCUUUAUUCAACACCACCACAAACAAGAUCCAACCACUUGAAAUACGAGGCGACUAUAUUGGAAAUUUGUACAGUGCAGCCAUGGUUUACAAUCAAGACAAAAAUGAAGGAUAUAUUUAUGGUGGAUUCCAUGAGUGCCAAGAACCGAAAGUCAAUGAUCGCUUGUACAAAUUCACAAUUGAUUAUGAAAAUUUCCAAAUUAGACUUGAUGUUGUGGGGCAACACUUGAUGUUUGCAAGAAUUGGAAGUCAAGGACAACUUAUUCACAAUGGGACCAAGUUGUUGAUUGUUGGCGGUGUAUGCUCAGAAACCAUCUUGACUCACAGAACAAACAUUGUCACUUUGCAAUUGGACAACAAUCCUGCUGCAUCAACUUUCAAAAGCGUUGAUAUCCCACUUGGCGUUAGCUUGAAACAUCCUCCAAUUUUGAUUGGAUUUGGAUUAGCACCCAUCAGUGAGCAUUUGAGUUUGAUUGUUGGUGGUGGUGCCGUUUGUUAUUCGUUUGGUAGUUGUUACAAUUGUGUAUAUAGAUUGGAGUAUUAA